CGCAGCGCCGGAGCCGGAGCCGGAGCCCGAGCGCGCGAGCGAGCACGGCGCAAGUCGCGAGCGGUGGCUGGCGACGCACCCAAGGCCCGGGCACUGCUGCGCCCGGCUCAGAGCCCGCGCCCCGCCUGCUGCAGACCGACCUGAGCGCCUGGCCACUGCCCGACCCCCCACUGGCCCUGAGCCCUCCUAGCCCGGCCUAGCCGAGCCCUUUCCUUCCGCCCGCCGCAGCCGCAGCCGCAGCCGCCGCUGCCGCUCCAUCCCCAGCCCGGGCCUCGCAUCCAGGCCACCAGAAUGGACGUGUUCAUGAAGGGCCUGUCCAUGGCCAAGGAGGGCGUCGUGGCCGCCGCGGAGAAAACCAAGCAGGGGGUCACUGAGGCGGCGGAGAAGACCAAGGAGGGCGUCCUCUACGUCGGAAGCAAGACCCGAGAGGGGGUGGUACAAGGAGUGGCCUCAGUGGCUGAGAAAACCAAGGAGCAGGCGUCACAUCUGGGAGGAGCCGUGUUCUCUGGGGCUGGGAACAUCGCAGCAGCCACAGGCCUCGUGAAGAAGGAGGAAUUCCCCACCGACCUGAAGCCAGAGGAAGUGGCCCAGGAAGCUGCUGAGGAGCCGCUCACCGAGCCCCUGAUGGAGCCAGAAGGAGAGAGUUAUGAGGAACCGCCCCAGGAGGAGUAUCAGGAGUAUGAGCCAGAGGCGUAAGGGCCCAGGACGGCCCCCACCAGCAGCACAAUCCCUUCCCCGCCCCCCCCUCCCCCGAGCCAGGGUUGUCCUUCUACCCUUGCCCCCCAAACACGAGAUCUUCCUUCGCUCCGAGGCUACUCUCGGAGGCUGUGUUUGUGUCUGUCCAUCUGUCUGUCCUACCUGCCCGCGUCCAACCCCGGGGGGUGGACAGGGCCUGGGCUGCGGCCGCGGCUGGGAGCCUCGCCCCACCCAUGUUGCCCUCUCACCGCUCCAUCCCGUCCAGUGUCUGAGCGGAUGUAGCAUGUUCUGUGUGUUUUUAAACGAAGAUCGGAAAGCGACGCCUUCCCCCCACCCCCGACAGAGGCUCUCCAGGGGCCCCCGGUCAGCCCCAGAGCUCCCCACCCCACUCUCACAUCGACCCCAAGAACCUUUUUUUUUUAACCGAAACCAGGAGCCAGGCUGUGCCAUGCCCCCUCCCCCAGCCGACCCCGUCUGAGCGGAGGCGUCGUGUGUCGUGAUUGUGGCAUGGAGAGUCCCCCCACGCUGUGUGAGCGUGUCCCGGGCGGGCGGGCCCGACCGCCUCCCGCGUGUCCAUGAAUAAAGCCAAUCUGUCUGUA